CAAACAGCAUGACCAACAUCAUAAUUCCUGUGUAAUUCGUUAGAGUCAAACAGAGCAUGUGCAGAGUAGUUGGCUUGGCCUCAACUAGGGUUUACCUAGAGUUUGUACAUGUUGACAACACAGGUUAUUUAGUUAGACCAACUUUUAACAAGAAACUUAAUAAGGUUAAUUGAUGUAAUUAGUUGUAUAUAUUUAUAUAGUGUAUUACAAUGACUAUACCAAAGAGUAGGAGCAUGGCUCAGCCAACGGCAGUUUAAAAUUUAAAACAUCACAUUCUGCUCCUGUCAGAGACUAUAACACACAUUGCAGGUUAUAUUGGAGGCUGUUUUCCAAAUGUUUUCCGGAUCUCUCUCUUUUUUCCCCCUGGUGAUGGUGUGUUUGGUGUCCAGUGUGACGUCCUGUCUGCAGUGUGACCGUGCGGUCCUCAACAUGCACGAGGACUUCAUAGCUGCUGCUAAAGGAGUUACCAUCCAAGAUCAGAUGGAUCUAAAGGAAAUCACUGACCAGGCCUACACCAACUAUAAGAAGACCAGUGAGGAGCUUCGUGGGGUAAUUGACCCCACAACACUGUACCGAGCACGGACAGAGUAUCAGAGUGAGUUCCAGAGGUACUGGAAGGAGCACAAGAAGGGCCCUAUUCAGCAGAACAUGAUCAACAUUGUGGAGAAAGGAAACCGGAUACUGAAGAAGCAUCUGAAGAAUUUUGUGGAAGAAGGCCUGUGUCCAAACACAUGUGGUUUGCUGUUUCAGGGUGUGAUGAAUUGUUCCUCUUGCCAGUAUGGGUUGUUUCAAUGCUGGUUAGAACCUCAGCAGGACUGUGGAGUGCAUGAGUUAAAGGGGCAGGAGGGCGAGCAAGUGGUGCUGGACUGUUUUCUCUCUUGGCACAGUCUAAUAAUCGGACAGGCUGAGUACCACUACUCCUGGAAGCGGGGCGCCAGAAAUUUUUCAGAUCAGGAGUUGUUUGAGGUUCUGGUGGUGACAGAGGAGUCCAAGAUAGUCCUGAAUCAGCUGAGUGUAAGUGAGCAGGGAGUGUACCGCUGCCUCCUGCUGGAUAAACAUGGCACUGAGCUCUCCAGGAUGCACUUCAUUCUGAACAUCAUUCCAUCUCCUUCUUCAACCCCACGGCCAAUCCCCACACUGCCUGCACUGCCCAGCCUGGACUUGAGACCAACCAGACUUCACAGAGACACAUUGAUCAUCAUACUGGCUUUUCUCACUGUGGUCAGCAUCUCAGCAAGCCUUGCCAUCAUAGUGAGCCUCUGCACUAUGAUGAUGGUAAAAAGGCAAAAGUCAGUGAGAACAAGGCCAAAAGAAGACGAGGAAGUACAGAAUGAACACUCUGAUCAAAAGAACAGAAGUGGACUAAUAAAACAUCCAAUUAAAUAUGUAUGACUACGGCAAAAGCAUAAACAAACCCUGCAGCUUUUCUUUCCAUUGUAUGACUCUUAAAUAGGCCAAAGUGAUAACAGAUCAGGAUGGAGAAAGAUCAAAAACAGGAUGAUGAGAGUCAGGCGGCUGUGGGGGUCAGUUCUCUGCUAUUCUUUGCUGUUCUCUGCUGUUUACAGGCUGGGUUAUUUUGGGUUUAUCUUUGUGAAUGAUCUUUCUGUUGAAGGCAUAUUUCCACCAGGCUCAGGCACAGUCACAUGCAGCUCCACCACAGCUCAGAGACAGAUUAUACACACGCCAGAUGCCAGCCGUGCAGCGAAAGCCAAAUUCAUUCAUUCAUCCGAACGGAAGAAUCAAAACAAGGAGGCGGACACGUUUCUGAUGAAUGAAUGACAUGCCCGGGCCCAGCGAACACGUGGACGAGAGAAACCAAGAGACAAAUCUCAUGGUCGCAGGCAAAUCUCACGGAUUACAACGUUUUUUUUCUAGAAUUAAUAUUCCCCUGCCCAGUGCUUAAUCCUAGGGAUUAUCCAUCAUUCUUUAAGGCCACUGCAGGGGGACGAGGAGAUCAAACUUUAAAGCGGUUGUUUUCCCAUGCAAGUUCCCCUUUCCCAAAUUCAGCAUUCUUAGCCAUCUGACUGCGCAACUUCCUGUUUUAUCAUGCCCCAUUUAGAGAGCCAGAUUUAGAGCUGAUUCACUCUGAUUGCGGUGUGUAGUGCUGAGUUAGACGACGAUAUGUUUAGGCUUGUCCAGUUAGCAGAUUUGUGUUUGUUUUAUACAUUUUAGGUCAAUUUUAUGCCACUAAUAGAAUUAUAUGUGUAAUACCAUAAAAAAAGGCAUUUACACAUUACUUUUAAAGAGCAAGGUGGUGGGAUUUUAAUAUCAGAACAGCUCAUAGGCCAAUUUCCAGAAAGGGAAGAAAUGGGAUAUUAAAAAUGGACAUUAAAAUGCUUGAAUAUCCUAAAUAAAUCAAGCAUAUAAUAUAAAGCUACUUUAUUGAAACAAAGUUGAGAUACGGCUCAUUCUUGUUAAAAGGCAAUUUUGGCCAAGUAAACAUAAUGGGUACUGUUGAGAUCAGCAAAAAUGAUUGAGGUAUUAAGGUUGUUAUUGUACAAUAAGUCAAUAAUGUAAUUAUUGUGACUGGCAACAUUAACAGUGUUGGAACCUAUCUUCACCAUGCAAUAAAACAUAAGUGUCUGAAAAACAGCAACCUUACAGGAGAAAUAUACAAACCUUAACUUUUAAGAUAAGUCAUUUCGAAAUGUGUUAAUAUAAGGUCAUUUUGGAGAAAUCAAGAAAUGUUAACACAGUGUAAAGGAAAAGUUUCUAAUUGUUCAAAUUAAGUAGUAAACUAAAAAUCUACAAAAAUUGAGAUGUUUGUUUUUCAUUAGACACUGUUGAUGUACGAUCACAUAUAGUUCGUUCAUUCCUUGUUUUGUUGGAGUAACUGUCUCUACUGUCCAAGAAAGACUUUUGAAUAGACUUUGGAUCAUUGCUGUGAGGACUUGAUUGCAUUCAGUGAAAAAAAAAGCUUCAGUGAGUUCAAGAUGUAUUAUGAUCAUGACCCCACUGCGUCCUCAACACCCCAACUCCACUGUUCAGUGUUGGGGCCUGUAUACGCGCCUUGUCAACAUCUGACUUUACGUAUGGAGCAAUAGGUCCAUGUUUAUCUGGUCGAGGCAGAUCUGUUCUAUCAGUAAUAUUUCUCUACAGAGGCUUGACACGCUGUGUGUCUGUCUUAGCAAUGGGUGCAACUUAAAGUAGCUGGUGGCAUUCAUUAGAAGGUUCACAGACAUUCUGACAGUGUACCUACAAUAUUUUCCACUUUAAUAAAAACAUAUUUAUUAAACCUUUAAUACAUGUCAAUCCACAUCAUAUCAGUAAGUUCCAAAUGCCCAGUGAGAGUGAAUAUUCAUCAUUAACAAGAUUAUUAACAAGAUUGUUUAACAAGACAAGGUAUUUACUUUUUCCAAGUAAUAUGGUAGCUAUAUGGUGGCACAACAUGACAAAGCUGAAUAUGAAUACACUAGCUCAGCAUGUCAGUUAGACUUAAACACAUCCGGCUCACUGGAUGUCCCAGUAUGCUGAUUAUUUUGUUUUGUUUCAUUCUUGAUCUCACAGAAACUGUUUCAGAGGGUUUGUUUUUCUCACUUCAGUGACCUGUUCUCGUAUCAGUACCUGUUUUUGACUGCUAUUAUUCAUCAGCUUCCUCUGCGAGAGUGUGGCGGUGGUUAACGGUUUGGCUUAAAGCGUGUUUAGUUUCUCUUAAUUUGCAAAGGUACACCCACAGGAAACCGAGCCAGUUUCAUAAACACUUGUUCUGUCUUGUUUUGUCCGGUUCUUGUCUCAUAGUCUUACUCUGGACCUAAAUAAUUCACAGCAGCAGUUUGCUGAAGCAGCAGUUUGCUGCUUUUAAUAAAUAUAGAUGCGUCAAUCAUUUGAUGACUCAAGUAGAAGAAGACAAGGAACGAAAACAAGUACAAACUGUACUCUUAUAUCGGAAUAUGAACUGAAGACUGUUGACUGUACUGUUCCCUUUAGUUCUAUUUCCAAGAAACAUUAGUUGCAUUAGGGCAUCCUUUUGACAGCUCAACACGCUCAGAGGAGAACACUAACUGCUGAUCCUGUGAUCAGUUGAUGUUUAUUUUGUAUUUAAAAAAUGGGUGUAACAAAAUUAUACAAAUUUAUACUAAUAAAGUGUAAGUCACUCUUUUUUUUUA